CUUUUGAGUCUUUUACUUAGAAUUUUACAUCACAAUUUUGAACCUGAUGUCAUACAAAUCAAACCAAAAAAGUGUGUUGAAAAUAAUUCGGUCCUGUAACUUUUAUUCCAAAACAGUAGGGGGCGAUCGUGCGCUACUCUACCUCUGUACACCCCCUCCCUCCUCACACACACCCCCAGCCCCACUCCUGCACCUGAUAGACUGGCUCGCUUCCUGUGAAAAUGACGGGUCACAGCAGCCCAUGGAGAAUAGUGAGGCUUGUGAAAGUGGCGUUUUUAACUGUGUUACUCAUCGCGCUGAUUGUGUUCAGCGUGGCCACAGUUCGGACUCUAACGUUAGAGGUGAAUGCAGGACUGCAGCUCGCAGAGUGGGAGAAAACCAGCAGCAUAAAGCCAGAGAUCAGUAAACAACAGAGAGAGCUGCUGCUGCACAAUUUCAGAGAGGCCAUUCGAAUCCCGACUGUGUCAUUCUCGGAAACGAACCAGAACACCACUGCUCUGCAAGAGUUUGACAAGCUACUGAGAAAAGUCUUUCCAACAGUUUUCUCAUCCAGACUUGUUAAACAUGAGGUGGUGGCCGACUACAGCCACCUGUUCACCGUUCAGGGGACUGAGCCGAAGCUGCUGCCCUAUAUGCUGCUGGCACACAUCGACGUUGUCCCAGCGAAUGAGGCGGACGGGUGGGAGGCCCCUCCCUUCUCCGCCAAAGAGAUGAAUGGGUUUAUUUACGGACGGGGGACCAUAGACAAUAAACAGUCAGUCAUGGGGAUCCUUCAGGCACUGGAGUACUUGUUGCAGCGAGGAUAUGUUCCACGGCGAGGGUUCUACAUUGGCCUGGGUCACGACGAAGAGGUCAGUGGCUAUAGUGGGGCAGUGAAUAUAGUGAAAGUGCUGAAGAGUCGUGGGGUGAAGCUGCAUUAUGUUCUAGAUGAAGGCCUGGCUGUGCUGGAUGGGGUUAUUGAUGGUCUGGAUGGACCAGCUGCACUGAUAGGUAUCAGCGAGAAGGGGUCAGCUACAGUGAAGCUGAGUGUCAGCACCAAGCCGGGGCAUUCCUCUAUGCCCUCGAGGGAGAGCAGCAUUGGCAUUCUAGCUGCUGCAGUUACAAGGUUGGAAGAAAACCCCAUGCCCAGACUGUUUGGCUACGGUCCUGAACGAGGCACUUUUGAACACCUGGCACAUAAGUUUGCCCUGCCUCUCAGAUUCAUCAUGUCCAACCUGUGGCUUUUCACCCCCUUGAUGAGCAGAGUAAUGGAAAGAACACCUACCACGAAUGCUUUCGUGCGAACUACCACAGCUGUCACCAUGUUUAACUCUGGAGUGAAGGUCAAUGUCCUCCCAUCUCAUGCCGAGGCCUUCGUGAAUCUGCGUAUCCACUCAGCUCAAACACUGCAGGAGGUGCUGGAGCUGAUCGAAUCCACUGUAUCAGAUGAGCGUGUGAAAAUUGAGCUGGUGAACGGAUUUGACCCUCUACCCAUCAGUUCCUUUGAUGAGCAGUCGUUUGGGUUCCAGAUUAUUAAGAAGACAGUGCUGGACAUGUUUCCCCAGCUAACAGUGGCCCCGGGGAUUUGCGUCGGCAACACGGACAGUCGCCAUUACACUGAUCUUACCAAGGACAUUUACCGCUUCGCCCCAUCCUGGUUCAAACCAGGUGACGCUCAGAGAUUCCAUGGCAUUAACGAGAGGAUUUCCUGUAAGAACUAUGAGGAGCUUGUGCUUUUUUACUUUCGGCUCUUCCAGAACUGUGAUGUCAGAAGCUUACCCACACCUCACGGCAGCCAGCACGAGCUAUGAGCCUGUAACAUCCAUUUCUUUCACACAGAAAGAGUAAUCAUUAAUGUGAUUCAAUCUAGAAUAGAACCAAAGUGCUUUAUUGAUUCCCAAGGCAAUUGUGUAUUCUAUAUUUGAAAUUCUAUAUUUUUUUAUUUUCUGAUUGCACUGGACAAGAUAUUUUACUCAGGAAUUAUAGAAUCAUAGAAAAAUGGUUUGAAUGUAGCGUUAAGCUCUAGGAAUGGCAUUGAUAAUCUCUAAGCACUGUAAUUAAUGAGUCAAAUUCAUACAGUACAGGCCAAAAGUUUGGAUACACCUUUUUAUUCAAUGUGUUUUCUUUAUUUUAAUGACUAUUUACAUUGUAGAUUCUCACUGAAGACAUCAAAACUAUGAAUGAACACAUGUGGAGUUUUAUGUACUUAACAAAAAAUGUAUUGGCCUCCACAGUCACCGGACCUGAACCCAAUCCAGAUGGUUUGGGGUGAGCUGGACCACAGAGUGAAGGCAAAGGGGCCAACAAGUGCUAAGCACCUCUGAGAACUCCUUGAAGACUGUUGAAAACCAUUUCAGGUGACCACCUCUUGAAGCUCAUUGAGAGAAUGAUGCCAAGAGUGUGCAAAGCAGUAAUCAAAGCAAAGGGUGGCUUAUUAUAUAGAAACUAGAAUAGAAUUUUUUUUUUUUUUUUUUUGUUAUUUCACCUUUUUCUUUUUGUUAAGUACAAAAAUCCACAUGUGUUCAUUCAUAGUUAUGAUGCCUCCAGUGAGAAUCUACAAUGUAAAUAGUCAUGAAAAUAAAUAAGGAGGUGUGUCCAAACUUUUGGCCUGUACAGUAACUCACGGGCAUAACAGCACUACAGCACUCAACAUGUGCAGCAUACUAUUUUUUAAUAAGUCUUAUCCAUAAAGACACCAUUGCAGUUCAUAAGCAACCCUGCCAGUUUCACAGUGUAAUCUAAUAUACAAUAUCAGCAACCAAAACUGAUAUUUUAAUGAGGUCAUGCAUAUUAAUGACGAAACCUUUUUUCUGAUUGAGGAGCAUUAGUCAAUUUCUUUUUUCAGUUUUUACUCAUUUAAAACUUGCGCAUUAUAUACCUAAUAAUAAGAUAAAGUUUGUGGCAUUAGCAUGAAGUGCAUGAGAACCUGUUUUUUGGUUGGAGAUAACUAGACAUUUAAUAGUGUUCUUGCAAAAAAAAAAAAAAACAAAAAAAAAAACUUGCAAACGCUGUGAAUCUGUAAAAUGCACUGAACAUGCACUUAGAGAGCUAAGCUAAGUAAUGUUUUGGGUGAACCUGCUUCAGAAAAGAAAAGAGAUAUCAGACUUUAAAUAAGCUUGACUGUCAAACUUUUCGACUUUUUAGAUCAUGAUUUAUAUCACAGUCUAUAAUUUUAAUGGUAGGAUACUUUUAACGGUGAGAGAUAAAAUAUCAAAAAGAAAAUCCAGAAAAUACAACACAUUGUAAACAUGAUAUACAUUUAUUUGCAUUUUGCAUAGAGAAAUUAUAUUUAAUCCCUCUGGAAAACAAGACUUAAAAAAAACUUGAUGGCAAAACCCUUGUUGGAAAGAACAGCAGUUGAUGAUGAGGUUUGUGCACAUGUCAGGAGGAAUUUUGGGUCCACUCUUCUUUCCAGAUCAUCUCUAAACCAUUUAGGGUUUGAUGCUGUUGCUUGGCAACUCGGAGCUUCAUCCCCAUUCAUUACCAAAUUAGUAUUUUUUUUUUUGUGGCGGUUUCUUAGGUUUUAAGUUCACUUAGUUGCACUGACUUUACCUUUCUGCCAGCCUUUGACUGAAAAUGAAAGAAUUGCAAGAUUGUUGAUUGCAGUGUUUUGAAUUAAAUGCUUUUUAUAAUGUUGUUUAUUUAAUGAUUGUAGUUGAUUACUUAUUACCUGUGAUGGUUAUGAUGAUGAUGAAGCUAAUGAUUAUAAUAAUGAUGAUUGUGGUUGUGAUGAUGAUAAUGUGACUCUUUUAGAGGUAGAAAAUGAAUUUAUACAUGGAUGCAGAGGCCGGAAGAAAUAUUCUGAAGGGAAAUAUGUGCUUAGGCCUGAAAGCACAGUGACUAUUUUAACUAUUAUGCUUCUCUUUAAAUAAAGACAGAUCUUUGGUUUUAAUAUAUUUAAUAGUACAUGAUCUAAGCUGAUAAUAAACACGAUUCCCUUAUUUGAAA